GCCACUACGCAGCCCCGGUCCGGCAAGUCAAUAAACAUUGGUUGCAAGUCAUUCUGACUAGAUUUUUUUUUUGGCAGUUGCGUAGCCGGAGGACGGACGUGCUUUCGGUGUUGUCCAGCAACUCGACACACAGCAAACCAGCGUAAAAACGGGAUUAAAGCGCAGGCUUCGUGUCCCACUCGUUGAAUGACACAGUUUAGCAACUUGUUAGCAGCGUAGAGAAACCUCAUGGAUACUCAGAACAGCAACGUGAACGCCACUGCGAAGACGCUGUUAAACCAUGCUAAGACUCUGAGGCUCCACACGGGGAAUCUAGUGAACCGAAGUCGCCUAAAGAAGAAGUGUCCAUCCUCACCCAGCGAGGAGCUUCAAGACUGCAUUCGAGCCACACUGAGCGACUGGUUUUCCACAACACGGCUACCUUCCGAGACGGACCUGCCAGAUACUCUGGACUGCUCCAUUCCUCAGCCAACAGAUGCUAUCACACCUGAAGAAAGGGAAGAGCUGAAGGUUUCUGUCAAGCUGUUCCUGUGCGAGUCUGAUCAGUCUUCUAUCAGAGACGCAGUGGAGAUGGCCUGCCAGACAUUGGCGGUGUCCCAGCUAGACUCUGUGAUCAUAGCGCCACCUGGGCUUCUGGAGGGUGACAGCCAAACUCUAACCCACCUUCAGCCAGCGUGGGAGGAGUUGGAGGCUCUGGUCAGGAGCCAGCGGAUUGCAGCAAUUGGCACCUCUGACCUGGACAAAGACCUUCUGGAGCAGCUGUACAACUGGGCUCAGGUGAAGCCCAGCAGUAACCAGGUGAACCUGGCCUCCUGCUGCGUGAUGCCUCCUGACCUCACAGCCUUUGCCAAGGAGUUUGACAUCCAGCUGCUCACACACAAUGAUCCCAAAGAGCUGAUGUCUGCGGCCACGUUCCAGGAGGCAGUCCAGGAGAGCACGCAGGACCUGAACGUGGCUGACUGGAGGCUGCAGUGGGUGCUGCGCUACUCCAUCAUUGUCAAGAGCAGGGGCAUCAUCAAGGCUAAGGGCUACCAUGUCAGCGCCAGGAAAGCUAUCCCUUAGCACAGCCCACGGCAGAAGGAAGACACAGGGAUGAAGCCAUUUUCCUCCUUUUUCAUUCACACACACACAACAUGCAAAGUAAUAAUAGCUUUGAAUAAUGGAUGACACUAAUCAACGUAGGUCGUAGAAGCCAUUGUUUUAUAAAUGGAAUCGCUGAAGGAUGAGCAUGCAUCUCGGUCAUCUGUGAUUUCCCGGUGUACUUUAAAUGGGUGUAGGUAAUCAUUACCAUCCUCUCUCUGACAUGAGGAAAUGAGAAAUUCUGAUGCAAGGUCCAGCCCGGUGGUGGUUUUGAGAGAAUGACGUAGGCCAAGGACAGAGACAGAAUCAAAUCUCCCUUUAUGUACUGUGUUUCUCAGAUGUAGCUCUCAUCGUGACCAACGCAUUCACAGUCCGACCGCUCGCCACCACAGUGGAGGAUUUGUUUUAAUGACGGAGAUCUACUUAGCUAAACAUGUGUCCAGUGUGGUUUCUUAACCAUGUCCCCAUGUGAAGUGCCUCUUCCUCUGCUCUUCCUCCCAUGCCCACAUUCACUCUGUUUCAGCUGUGUCCGUGUAAAUCAAGCUUUAACUAUGGAGUCUGAAUGAUGAGAUUGUACGGAUUGGUACCACAGAAAGAAAAGGUCGAGAUUUAUCAUUUUAUAUUUUGGUACUCAAGAAUUAUUCCAAAACUUGUGAAAGGGAAAACAGAAAUAAACUUAGUGUGAAAAUCCUCCCAGCAAUAGACACUAUAAAAUUGUUUUUUUUUUCCUGGUGCCUCACAAAAAAUCUGCUUUUACUUUUACAGGUUAGAUUUUACUUACACAAUAUGAAUAUCAUUUGCAUUCCUCAGUGGAGAGAAAAUGCCCUCAUUCUUGUAAAAGGAGAGAUGUUCGUUUUAUGAUCCUGAUUUAAAUAGACUUCACUGUUUAAAAAAAAAAAAAAAAAACAUACAAAUGUUUGUGAAUUUAUGUAAUUUUUUUCAUGCUUUUUUUGUGUAACCACUUUCACAGGCUUGACCCAAUGAAAUGUAUGCCCCCUCAUGCUCCUGAGAUUAAUUUGAGGGCGUCCAGCAAUAUUUUGAGAUUGAUAUUCCUAGCAGGCUGACGUCCUUUACUUGCAUGUUAUAGCACUGGAAAAUGUGAAAGCUGGCUAACUCCUGAUGAAGUGCUUGAAUACAGUUUCUUAUUUAAGAGUCGUGGCUAUAUCUCCAGACAGGGUCCAGUAAACCUCAUAAAGACGAGUUCUUUCUUGUACUGUAAAAAUAAUAUAUUUAAUGUUGACAUAUAUCUGUAUAUCAUGAAUUGGCUUUAUUAAAAUGUUGAAACAAA